AUGGAUCCAAUUGCUGCUGUAUCUCUCGUGGCGGCGGUCUGUCAGCUGAUCGACUUCGGCGGUAAGAUCACAUCGAAAACAUACGAGAUCUACACGUCUGCAAGUAAUUCCCUUGCAGUUGACAACGAACUAGCCCAAGUCGCGUCACAAAUUCUUGAUCUAUCGGAGAAAUUACGCCCUGGUCUUAGCGACGAAAUUGUGUCUAUUUGUUAUACUCAAGACGAGCAGGCACUCGCGGAUAUCUGCAAAAGUUGCAACGAUGUAGCAAUGGAACUAUUUAAGAAGCUAGACAAGCUUAAGACAAGUAAUGAUGGAAGUAAAUGGAGUAGCUUCAGGAAAGCAAUCAGACAUGCUUGGUCAGAAAAGGAACUAGAGGAGCUGUCAGGAAGACCUAUCGGCGCUCCGUGGAGCUUUGGAGCUAAAUGUUCUUACUACUUUGAGAAUCUUGAAACACAUUUCGACGAUUUUAGCCAGGGGCUUCAGGAAAUUGCCCGAAUUGCAACCACCUUGGAGGAGCACCAAACCGAGGCUUCCAGGCAGUUACAAGAUCAUACUGUUGUAAUUACGCAGGUCUUAAGUAAGAGCGAAGAAAUCAACGAGCAUCAUCACAAAGAAACUCGAGAGUCAAUUAUUCAAGCCAUACAUGACAUGGGAACUCCAUCUGGACGUCGCCAGAGCAUUCAAAAGUUCCCUGGCAUCAUUCCGGCUCUUAAAGUAGCGGAACGGGACAUGACCCUGGCUUGUGAGAUGUCGAUUCUGAAAGGACUGACUUUCUCCACGAUUACUGAUCGAUACGACGAUGUUGGGGAAGCUCAUCUCCAGACGUUCGAGUGGAUCUUCGAACGCCGGCCAUUAAAUAAUGGAAAACAGAAUAUCAGGGCAAGUGAAACAAAGAAGUGGAGUAAUUUCGUGGACUGGCUCCGUAGUGGCCAAGGAAUCUACUGGAUAAAUGGCAAGGCAGCAUCUGGAAAGUCUACGUUGAUGAGAUACAUAUAUGACCACGGGCAGACCCACAAGGAGCUCUGUGCUUGGUCCAAUGGGGAUGACAUUCAUACUCAAAUACUUGGUGUCUCGAAAGUAAUCGAUGAAUUUGCCCCGACUCUGUCCAAAAUUAAGCAGGCAUUCAUGCGUCUUGUCAAACAAACAACUAUUCCAGUGAAAUUCUGUCUAUUUGUGGAUGGGCUGGAUGAGUAUGACGGCAACUACAAAGAUAUAGUAGAUUUCUUCGAGUUGAUUACUUUAUCGCCUAGUGUCAAGGCUUGUAUAUCCAGCAGGCCGUUGUUGGUUUACGAAGAAGCGUUUGGAGGAUUUCCAAGCCUUCGUCUACAAGACCUCACCUUCCAAGACAUCGAACUCUAUACAACCGAGAAGCUUCAGAAGAACAGCAAAUUCCAGAAGCUUUCACUUGAAGAGCCAGAAAGAGCCCCCAUUUUGAUUCAGGAAAUCGUCACGAAAGCGGAUGGGGUAUUUUUAUGGGUGAAGCUCGUAGUUAACUCCCUUCUUACUGGACUCCGAAAUCGGGAUGAUGUGUCAAUCUUACAACAACGGCUACGUGUGUUGCCUUCAGAUCUGGAACAUCUCUACGAACAUAUGCUCAAAUUCCGAAUUGAGUCUAUCUAUGAAAACCAGUCAUCCCAAAUAUUUCAAUUAGUCUAUGCGGUUGACAAGCCUCACACAACACUGUCGCUGGCACUGGCGUUAGACGAGAACCUCCACAGGACUAUAUGUGCAGGUCUCCUUGAGAUCCGAGGUGUACACAAAGAAUCUGGUAGUAUGGGAACAGUGCAGUACAUGCACCGCACUGUCAGAGACUUCUUUAUGAUUCCUCGUACUUGGUCAUUCGUACUUGCUGCCACAGCUCAAUCAAAUUUCAGGCCUCAAUACUCCGUGCUGAAAUCUAUUCUUCUGCACCACAGGCUUGUUUCCACGAGAUACUUAGGUCCUAGCUUAUUUGCCACAGCUAAACAGGUACUAAAGGCUGCUCAAGAGGUGUGCAGCGACGUGGAAGAUCCAAACGACUCUUGCGAACUGCUCUUAAAUACAUUAAAUAAUACACUGAAUGCAGAGUACCAUGGAAAGGGCUUCCUAAAUAGUGACCCACCCCAUUGGUCUGGGUUAGUAGACAUCGAACAUCCAAGGCAAUGGCCAGAUUCGUUCACAUCUGCCGCCGUGCAGUAUGGUCUAUUAAGUUACGUUGAAAAUCAGCUAGAUAGAAGGAAGGAAGCCCUACUAAAGAAGAACGGACGUCCCCUACUGGAUAUCGCCCUUAGCAUCCAUUCCUGCGCCAUAUCAGUACCAUUACCGACAAGGCGAGACAUAGCAACUCUACUCCUCAAAGCCGGUGCAGAUCCAAACCAACUGGUUGGGAGCUUCACGGUUUGGCAAAAUUUCUUGCUAUCGGCUACAGCAAGCGUGUUUCCUAACGAAGAUCUAAUGAUGUUCCUUGAAAUUCAAGAGGAGCUUGUUGCUCACGGCGCCAGUUUUGUGGGAGUUGUAUUCACCGUUGCUGAGCAAUAUCGCUGGUGCAGAAAUAUCCGCAGUCUAUGGCACAAGCUGGCUCCAGAAAGAACGGAACGACUGAUGAUAUCAAUUCAAGUUGAUAACAGUGUUGCGCCGCAAGUUUCGCUCGAGACACCACUAAACUCCCCUCUUUCACCCCCAGCUACGCCGCUUACCCCACCGACUCCAACCGCAACUGAGAUUGGCUUGACUCAUGCCACAAUCUCUCGUCAGAAUGAAACUUGUGGCAAAAUUAAUGACGAAAAUCCCAAAGUAAAGCAAGGACGGUCGUUCACCCAGAAGAUCCGCGAGUGGAGGAAGAGUAAGACAUAA